GUGGCGGUGGACUGCAAGGAGAGCGAUGGCCAUGCGGUGGUGCUUUGUCGGCAAGGCCACCAAGAUCUUCUUCGCCGUCUUGGCCCUCCUCGCCGUCGUGGGCGUCGUCCUCGCCUUCCGCGCCGUCCUCCACCGCGCCAAGGCGCGCUCCAACUCCGCCUGCGCCGCCGCCGACGAGUGCCAGCCCAUCCUUCCCGAGCCCGUCCCGCAGCCCUCCACCGCGGCCACCGCUCCGCCGCCACCUCCGCCGCAGCAAAAUCCCACCUUUCCUCCACCGGACGCCGCCUUGCCGCCGCCGUCCCCGCCACUGAUGGGGCCUCCCCCUCUGCAACCGCCGCCAGCAUCGAUUGCGCAGCCCCCUCCGGCAUCCGCGUCACCGCCGCCUCCCGACGCGCUGGUUUUGCCGCCGCCUCCACCGGCGUCAAUGCCGCCCCCCGCUGCGCUGGUGCCGCCACCGCCGGCGGCGUUACCAUCGCCUCCGCCGCCGGCGCCGGAGGCGCCAAGCCCGACGGCGCCCUGAUGCAUUGCAUGCCGCCGAUUCUUCAUCUCAGAUUCAGAGUGAGUACUGUAGUGUGUGAUGUACUGGAGAUUCAGGCUAAUCAAUCUUGGUGGGAUUCAUUUCCAAAAUUUUGGCUUGCUUAGUUGAGUUCAUCUCUGAUGUUGCGUUGAUUACACUGUACAAAGCUGCCUGACAAUUUUUUUGUUCAUCCGUCAAAUUCAAUUCAGUUGUUGAAAUUCUGUUACCUGGGCAUCUCACCUGGUUGUAUAUUGAUUGAAUUGCCCAAUUAUUAUAUCGAGGCGAUGACUGAUGUCUG